UCUUCGAUACUCCUGACAUCAAUUACUAUAUUAGCACUGCUGGUACAAAUGGUACAAACAAAGAAGUUUAGAGGCGUCCGCCAACGUCACUGGGGUUCUUGGGUUUCCGAGAUUCGACACCCUUUAUUAAAAAGAAGGGUGUGGCUAGGUACGUUUGAAACAGCAGAGGAAGCAGCAAGGGCCUAUGAUGAAGCUGCCAUUCUGAUGAGCGGCCGCAAUGCCAAGACCAACUUCCCAGUGGUGAAUAGCCGAACGUCGGGCGAUAAUGAUGCCAUUGUUGUAUCAGCCAACACCAUCACCAGCUGCUCACCACCGUCAUCUUCAACAACUACUGGUCUUUCAGCUAUACUAAGUGCUAAACUGCGCAAGUGUUGCAAAUCGCCCUCUCCAUCAUUGACAUGUCUAAGGCUUGACAACGAGAGUUCUCACAUUGGGGUAUGGCAGAAACGGGCUGGUGUCCAUUCAGAAUCUAAUUGGGUUAUGACUGUUGAGCUUGGAAAGAACAAUGACAAAAACCGAAAUGAGAUUGAAACCAAAAGAGGACCACAAGUCGAUACGUCGAUGGCAAUGGAUACACCAGAGUUGAUGUCCUCAGUUCCCGGAAGAAUUAGUACUGGGGGUGAGGAAGAGGACGCAAUUGCAUUGCAAAUGAUUGAGGAGCUCCUUAACUCAAAUUAAUGGA